AUGGCGGGGAUUCCAGGGCUCCUCCUCCUCCUCCUCCUCAUGCUCCUUCUCCUCCUCUGCGCUGUGGGGCAGGUGAGUCCCUCCGGCACCCACUGGAAGCCCACCUGGCCUGCUUACUGCCUCCCCGUCAUCCUGCCCCAGUCCACGCUCCACUUAGCCAAGCCAGACUUCGGGGCCGAAGCCAAAUUGGAAGUGUCCUCCUCAUGUGGACCCCAGUGUCAUAAGGGAACCCCACUGCCCACUUACGAAGAGGUCAAGCAGUACCUGUCUUAUGAAACGCUCUACGCCAACGGCAGCCGCACUGAGACCCAGGUAGGCAUUUACGUCCUCGGCAGUGGUGGCAGCGAGUCCUCGGGCAAGUCCCGGAGGAAGCGGCAGAUUUACGGCUACGACAGCAGGUUCAGCAUUUUUGGGAAGGACUUCCUGCUCAACUACCCCUUCUCCACAUCGGUGAAGCUGUCCACAGGCUGCACGGGCACCCUGGUGUCGGAGAAGCAUGUCCUCACGGCUGCCCACUGCAUCCACGACGGCAAAACCUACGUGAAAGGAACCCAGAAACUCCGUGUGGGCUUCCUGAAGCCCAAGGUCAAAGAGGGCCGCGGGGCCAACAGCUCCAGCGCAGCCGGGCCCGAGAAGAUGAAAUUUCAAUGGAUCCGAGUGAAACGCACCCACGUGCCCAAAGGCUGGAUCAAGGGCAAUGCCAACGACAUUGGCAUGGAUUACGACUACGCUCUCCUGGAACUUAAAAAACUCCAUAAGAGAAAGUUCAUGAAGAUCGGAGUGAGCCCUCCCGCCAAGCAGCUGCCGGGGGGCAGGAUCCACUUCUCUGGUUAUGACAACGACCGGCUGGGCAACCUGGUGUACCGCUUCUGCGACGUCAAGGAUGAGACCUAUGACCUGCUCUACCAGCAGUGCGACGCCCAGCCCGGAGCCAGCGGGUCAGGGGUCUACGUGAGGAUGUGGAAGAAACAGCAGCAGAAGUGGGAGCGGAAAAUCAUUGGCAUCUUUUCAGGGCACCAGUGGGUAGACAUGAAUGGUUCUCCACAGGAUUUCAACGUGGCUGUGAGGAUCACGCCUCUCAAGUAUGCCCAGAUUUGCUAUUGGAUUAAAGGAAACUACCUGGAUUGCAGGGAGGGGUGA